AGUUUACUAUAAGAAUCUGUACAUAUUCAAUAAAAGCAUAAGAGUAACUAACGCAUAACUACUACCUACAGAACAACCUACAUCAAUCAAGCUUAGCUAUAACAAUAACGUUCUAAUAAACGUAAAGAGUCCUAAAGAUAACUAUUACAGUCCUAAAGAUGCCACCUUUAUCAUAAGAGCUUGCUCAGAAACAGUACCUUCUCGGCCCUUACGCGAUCACUGAAGAUGUAUAUAUUUUUUUACCCUCACAGUUAGAUGGUUUUACUUUGUACCAUCAUGUUACACUUUGUGUAGUCCAGUUUAAUUGCAACAAAAAAUGUAGCGUCGAUUCGAUAAAAAAAAGUAGCAUCGUGUUUCUUUUGUACCACUCUUGUUUGUAGUGCUUUCUUGUAUUCUAUUAUCUCCAAGUGACACCAUCAAAACCUAAAAUUACUCAUGUAAGUAAAUCUAGGUGUGAAUCAUGUUCGUGUUAGUUUUAAUUCUUUGAAAUUUUUUGUUUUCAAGUAUUAGUUAUGUAUAUUUUAUAAAGAAUUUUCUAGUGAAAUGCAUAAAACUAAUACUAAAAAGCUAUGACUUUCGGUCAUAGAAACUAAUUUACGUUUUAGCUAGCAUUUAAGUAUCAAAUUAGGUUACAAUGAAAAAGUGAGAUAUUAGAGCUAAGGUCAUCUCCAUCUCCACUCCAUAAUUUACUUCAAAAAUAGAGUGGGAAAUGGAAUAUGAACAAAAAAUAAAAAAUUCUCUAUUUAUGGAGUAAUCACUUUUUUGUUUCUUCACUACUCUAUUUUUCACUCCAUUUUGCAGUAAAUUAUGGAGUGGAAAGUAAUGAUGUUCUUUUAAACAAAAGUAGUACAUCUUUUGACCAGAGAAAUAAUUUAAUGUUGACACUUAACAAGGACGACGGCUAAGUAAAAUCUCACAAUCACAUGUUGAGUUUUUUCUUUUGUCUAGGUGAGCCUAGCUAAGAUGAACAAACCCAUUAUUUUCACUCAUACAUCGUUUUAAUGGGGUUUGGUACGUGAAUUUAUUUGUUAUUACAUCAUUUAUAAUCGUUGGACCACUUAAGAUAUACAUUGUGGACCAAGUUAAUUAAUCAAACAACUACCAUUCAGCUAAAUUUGCAUUUUUUGUCCAGUUCAUAUUUAUUGAUCUGGUUUUAAAAUUUGUCAUGACUCGUAUAGAAAUGAUACGUUAGAAAUAAGAUGUCCUUUUGUCACAUAUAUAAAAGAUGCCCUUUUGUCUCGUCAAACUCUAAGAAUUAAUGUUUGUUGAAGUGACCUAUGUGGCUAUGUCUCAUGUUUUAAAAAAAAAAAAUUCUAAGCUCUAAAUUCCUUUGUAUUUUUUACCAAUUUUAAUUUUAUUGUUAAAAAUAUAUCUACAAUACUAUUUGAGAAGUCAAUUUUCUACAUAUCGUGCUCAUGUUAAUUUUCAAAGAGUUAGUUAUGUUAAUAUCCUUAAUGAGUUAAUUCUAUAAUGCAAUAGACAAUUAUCUCAAAUAGCCAAUUUUAAGAUUUUUGUCACCAAAAGAGUUCACAAAUAAGAAAAUAACCAAAAUAAAUUUUAUUAAAUCGUCAAAAGAUCAUUCUACUUGUUGUCUUAUAGAUAUAAAAAUAUAAAUAAAUAAUAAUAAAAAAUUCUAGUUUUGAAUUAUAUGUUUUUAAAUUUCAAUUUUUUUAUUAAAAAAUUUCGAAUUUUUUUUCUUAAUUUUCUUUUUGAAAUUCGAAAAUAUUUUCUGAAACUAUUUUUAAAAUUGUAAUAUGAAUUUAUUUAUUUUUAAAAAUUUUAAACUCCACCUCCAAAACCCUCGUCUCUUACCUCUAAACCUUAAGUCUGAAGGAAAAAUUUUACUUUUACAUUCCUUUUGGUACCAAAAUUAAUGUUUAUAUUCAUUAAAUCGAUAUUUUCAUACACAAUUUCUUCAUUAAAAAAAGAUAAAAAAUCUUUCUAUCAUUGCUUUAUAGAUACAUAAAUAUAAUUAAUUAUUUAAAUAAAUAAAAUAAUAUUUUUUAUAGUUUACGAAUUAUACGUUUUCAAAUUUAAACUAUUUUAUUAAAAAAAUUUGAUUUUAUUCAAAUUUUAUUUUUAAAAUUCAAAAGUUCUUCUUGAAACUAUUUUUUACAAAAGAAAACUAACUUUUAAAUAUUUAUUUAUAUAAUUGUUAAAUCUUGUAUCCCACGUUCGAAAACCCAAUCCAUCAAAUCUAAACUUUAAAUAUAUAUUAACUAACACUAGAGUUGAAAAUGUCUAUUUACCUCGAAUAUAAAUGUGGUUAAAGUAAACCUGAAAAAUUAUAUCAGGAAUAUGGUAAUUUAGGUAAUUUCUCUAAAAUUAGGUAGUUACAACAAAAGCUUUUUUUCUAAAUUUUAGAAAAAUCCAUUUCUCCUAAUUAUUUUUUUUGAAACUUUUUUCUUUCUUUCUCCAAAUUAUUGAUUGGAUGAAAAAUAUUUUUUGGAAAAUAAAAACCGUAAAUUAUUCUAAAAACUAGAAACAAUUAACACAUUUCGUAUCUUUAAAAAAAUAUAGAAAUAUUAAAUAUUAACAAUACCAAAAAAAUGUUCAUUGGCCAGUGGGUGGGGGUGUGGGUCUGCCUCUUUCCUCUUCUUACUCUCUAUAUACUUUUAUCUACCUCUUUGUUAUCCCCUUCAGGGCUUGUCUCUAUAAGUAUUGUCUACCUCUCCAAACUCCUUAUUUUUAGUUUUCUAAAUAAUCUUUGUCUUCUUCGAGUUUCCAAUACUAAUGGAUGAUACCAACCGUCUUCAUCGCCUUCGAAGUCACAAGCAAACCAAGUUCAUUCGAUAUAACUCCGAAGAAGUGACUAGUAUCAAAUGGGAGUUUAUCAAUAUGACCGAACAAGAAGAAGACCUCAUCUCUCGAAUGUACAGACUUGUCGGUAAUAGGUGGGAUCUAAUAGCGGGAAGAGUGGCAGGACGAAGUGCAAGUGAGAUAGAAAGAUAUUGGAUAAUGAAAAAUAAUGACUAUUUCUCAAACAAAUAAAGUCAACUCUAUUCUCUAAAAAUCUUCAUGUUUUGUUUUCUUCUGUUUCUCUUCCUUCCUUUUUGUUAUUACUGGAAAAUAAAAAACUGAAGUUAUGGACAAUAAUUUUUGUUAUUGUGGACAGUAAAAGCUUCAUUGUGUUUAUCUUAUCAUCGUAUAUUUACAAAUCUACAGCGGAAACCACGAGAACCUCGAGUGUAGGAGCAUCUCCAAUCCAAACCUAUUUUUUCUUUUAUAAUUCUCACAACAAUAGAAUUAAGUAUAUUAUAAAAUAAAUUUUGCUCCAAUGGUUUACUCUAUUAUAGAGUUACUCUAUUAUAAAGUAAAAAGUAGAAGGAUUUCACUUUUUCACUUUUUCACUCUAUAAGUGAAAUCCUUCUAUUUUCUCCUCUAUAAUAAAAUUACUCUAUUUUGUGAGAAUUAUAGAAAAAAAUAAGAUUUGAGUUGGAGAUGGUCUAAACAUGAAUUUUGAAUAUUACAUCGGAAUAAAUUAUGUGCUGGAGUAAAAUAUAUAUACCAUGAAUUUUAAAUAUUACAGAAUGGAAUAAUAUUUUAGCCAUAAAUGUGGUCAGUUGAGAUGAAAAUAUUAUUUUCUGAUGAAUACAAAUCUAUAACAAGAUUUCUGCUGAAGUUCAAGGUUCAAGAAUUAUUUUCUAUUCAAUGAUUUCGAUUUUUCUUUUCCAUAAUAAUAAUAAAAUUAGCGCGGAGAUCGGGAGAUUAAUAUUCGAUCAACCACGCUAGAAAUUCUGAAUAACCUUACUCUUACAAAUGUAUAAUGACAAAGAAUUCAAUGUAACUUAGAACACCGUACAAGUAAAUUCUAUCUUCCCAGAAAAUGGCACUUCUAGAUUAAAUAUUCUUCUAAUUAAGAAAGACGAAUAUACUGACACUCAGAAGAUCAUCGUAAGAAACAGUAAAUAGUUAUGUUAAAAAAGUAGUAAAGAGUGAACAGUUUAUACAUGCUGUUUCAGGUCGUACGUAGGGGUCAGUUUCUCUGUCCUUAA